GAACCCAAUAAUCUGAAGGCCCGCAACUCCUUCCGCUACAAUGGGCUGAUCCACCGCAAGACAGUGGGCGUGGAGCCCGCGGCCGACGGCAAAGGGGUCGUGGUGGUCAUGAAACGCAGAUCCGGUCAGCGAAAACCAGCCACGUCGUACGUAAGGACCACCAUCAACAAGAAUGCACGGGCCACCCUCAGCAGCAUCCGGCACAUGAUCCGGAAGAACAAGUACCGCCCCGAUCUGCGCAUGGCGGCCAUCCGCAGGGCCAGUGCCAUCCUGCGAAGCCAGAAGCCCGUGGUGGUGAAGAGAAAGCGCACCCGUCCCACCAAGAGCUCCUGAGCCCCCACCCCAGAAGCAAUAAAGAGUCCGCUGACUUUUCCUUUCAACCAGC